AUGCAGCCACAUGUUGCAUCGCCCCACCGUCCACCCACCGUGUACACGGAUGAAUCGUACAUACAUCAUCAUUACAAAUACCGCAACCAUCGUGUGUACGACCGUUCCGACGAGUUGGACGUGGUGACCAAGGAGAAACAUAAGGGUCGGCGGUACUGCUUUGUGGCGGCCAUACUGGACUCCCCAACUAUGGACAGCAAAGUCAUGGCCAUCGACAUUUUCACUGGUGGUAAGAGCAUUGCAAGCGAGCUCAAGGACUACCAUGACAUGUUUAACCAUGCAUACUACGUUGGCUGGUUUGGGAAUCUGUUGGCCGAACUGGACUACCUGCAGUAG